GCAGGCGGCCUCGGACGGGCACCGGCGCAGCGCGCCCUCUCGCUCGCUCGCUCGGCUGGCUGGGCGAUGGCGGUGACGCGGAAGCUGGGCAUCCGCCUGGCCUACUCGGCGGCCGGGAGCGUGUCGGGGCUGUCGGUCUUCCUGGCGUGGAACCUGGCGCCCAGCCUGCGGCAGCCUUACACCGCCGCCGCCGGAGGGCUCUCCGGGGUGCUGGCUCUCUGGACCCUGAUCACACAUGUGAUGUACGUGCAGGAUUACUGGAGGACGUGGCUGAAAGGCUUGAGGUUCUUCCUCUUUGUCGGCGUUCUCUUUGGUAUCAUCUCUCUGGUGGGCUUCUGCACAUUCCUGGCCUUGGCCAUCUCACAGCAUCAGUCCCUGAAAGACCCAAAGAGCUACUACCUGUCCUGUGUCUGGAGCUUCAUCUCCUGGAAGUGGGCCUUUCUCCUCAGCUUGUACUCCCAUCGGUACAGGAAUGAGUUUGCAGACAUCAGCAUUCUCAGUGACUUCUAAUAAAGACCCAGACUUUUACACUCCAGCAAGGAGAGGAGGCACGUGGAAGGAGGGGAGGCCCCCCUCUGGACAGACCCUGGCAGGAAGGUGCUGGCAAGGAGGACGACCCCUAGGAGGCCGAGAGCAGGAGCCUGCGUCCACCUCUGCUUUCCCUCCCUCUGCUGGCUUCCCUAGGCGCUCUCCCUUAUUCCAUUUCGCCUGUCGCUCUGGCUUGCUCCCUCCGUCUCGUGCGUGCGUGUGUGUGUGUUUUUAACUUUCACCAGCGUUUUGUUCCAGCUUGGAGGGAUGGCUCAAGGUCCACAGCAAGACCCAAGGUUCUGGUCCAAGUCCUCCUGGGCCCAAUACAUUUCCCUCUUGUACUUUGGAGCGGUGGGGAACAACAUGAAGGCUGAAGAAACAGGCAGAGCCACCAUUGCCACCCAUAGCCGUUGUCUUGUUGCCGCCUGCCGGGUGUGUGGUGAAGGCCCAAGGAGGGGAAGAAAGCAAGGGACUCCUUUCACAGAGAGAUGUAUUUUCAUAAGUGCAAGGCACAAAUCCAUUUUAAGAGGAAACUAUUUUGAACAGAAGCCCUGACCCCGUUGUCGUCUUGCUGUUGCUCAUGGCUUUUGAGGCAGGAAGAACGUAGGGAGUUUUGUGCCCCAAAUAGUCCCCCUGCCCCAGUUCUUCUCCUGGCUCCUUUUAAAUUGUUGGGUUUGAUGUUUCAGAGUGAGAUUCAGACCAGGGAUGGGGAGGCUGUGGUGCUUCAGCUGCUGUUGGGCUCCAACUCCCAACUGCCUCAGCCAGCAUGGCCAGUGGGCAGGGAUGCUGGGAGUUGUAAACCAGCAACAACGGGUGGACCACGAGUUCCCCAUACCUGGUUCAGGUGAAGCCAUGUGCCUGUGCUGACACUGUCCCUGCUGUUGAGGGUUAGCCCUAUGGAAUUUGGAAGGGACAUAAAACACCCUUCAAACGCCACAGCCCAGCCCCCCUUUUAAGGGUCAGCUGCUAAUGUCUUCCUUGUAUCCAUUGUCUAAAACUGUUACAUUAUAAAGCAGAAACAAAGCAUUUAUUUAGACUCUAAUGCUCCAGUCAGUUCUGAGUGUGUCAUCUGUGUCUCACACAUAUGUUUGGACCAAAAUAUGUAAUUAGCCACUUGGUUCUUGCACGUGGGGGUGAGUGGAUGGGUCAGUGGAAGAAGAGGUUUCAUGCCUGAGGAUUGGGGGUGGCUGGGGUACCCCUGUGCCCCUUCGCCCCAAAAGCUCUUGGACUCAGCUCCCAACAGCCCCCAGCCAGUAUAGGGUCAGGAAUUAUGGGAGUUGGAGUCUAGCGGUGACUGGGGGUGGGCCACUGAAACCCUCCCCCCCAUCAAUUGAAAAUGGACUUCAACUAAGGAACUGGUAGUUGCAUUAAAUAGCAUCACAUCUGCGUUUUAUUAUUGUAGCUCUUAACCUUUUAAGAUCAAGCCUGGCCGGGAGCAGAGCUGGCUCUAUGCAAUGGGUGUGAUCUUGUAAGAAGGAAUGGGUUCUUGGAAUCUCUUGGCGUCACUUGGAUCUGAAUUGUUGCAUCUGAACACCUGUGAGGGUUUGCCACUGCGCUCUUAACCCAGAACCGUUUGCUAGUACUGGAUUCUGUGGCGCCAUUUCUCUUCUCCACCCACUGGCUCACACCUUUUCCCUUUGCAGUGCUGAUCUUUCCAUUGGGCACAGAGGGCUUGCUGAGUACUUCCCAUCUCUUCUCUAAGGGAUGGAUCCACUCUUUAUAAACUUUUUACAUACUCUGAGUGUGUGGACCCUGCACACUGGAUGCUCCCCAGGUAUUUAAGUGGUGGCUGGCCCUUGGUUGUUUCUCGGUUUGCCUGGAAGCAACUUGAUGAGAACCAAGUGUCCCCUUUGGAGAUGCAGGAGUUGUUCACGCACUGAAUGUGAGCUUAUUGCAGAUCUAAAUCUGGGCCUAUGAAAGAAUGCUAAGCAGUUCCCAUGCGACAUGCCUGGAGACCCAAGGAAGACAGAUGUAGCAACUCUUCCCACCUUUCAGUGAAUUCUGGAUUCUUCAUGCGGCCUCCUGCACUUGGUAACAGCUUCAUUGUUUUUAAAAUGGGCAUCUCAACAGCCUCAGAAGUAGAUCUUAAGAGAUUGGCAGGUUAAUGCAGGCACAGCUAUUUGUAAAGUACAGUAACUCGGACCCAAACCAUUUAGGACUUUAGAACUCAUCCCCAUCAAUUUGAAUUGGGCCUAGAAGCAAGCGGUGCAGCUAGCAAGUCGAAGUGUGAUGCUCCAACUUCCUGCCCCCAACCAGGAGUUGGUGACCGGCAUUCUUUGCCAGCUUUACGUUUCUGAACCAUCUCCAAUGGCAGCCCCAUGUGGAGCACGUGAUGAUGUCCACUGAUUGUCCCCUCCUGAAAACAAGAAACUUUGAGAAGCACAGAAGAAAAUUGGUGGCUGCCUAUUGUUCUCUAUUUGCAAAUGCAGGAGAAGCAAAAGGGCAAAUCCUGUUGCCUCGUGGCCCGUUUAAUGGAAUGAGGGGCAAGCAGGGAUAAUGAGAGAGCGGGUGACUAGCUAAAGAGGACUUGGCCACUGGUGAAAAAUAAUCUGCCACACCAGCAGGGGAAGUCAGUGGUCCAUCUGUAGUGCAUGCAGGUGUCGGCAGGCAACAGGGUGCUCUCCAGGUGCUGGACUCCAGCUCACAUCAGCUUCAGCCAGCAUGGGCCCUGGCCAGGCAUGAUGGGAGCUGGAGUCCAACAAUAUCUGGAGGGCUUGAGGUUGGCCAUCCCUACCUUCUAUCCUUUGCUCUCCAUGGAAACUUUGGCCCUCGGCUCAUUAGGGGAUGGGACCUUGUGAUGUUGCCCUGCUUUUGCAGUACAAUUCAUAGGCUGCUUUCUGUUCCCCUGCUUCAGCCCUUGGAAAUAACUUUUACCAGCGUGUGUUUUGUUCUCCCCUCUGUGUGUGCGCGCGCAAUAUUGGGGAGUCAGUGCACAAACGGCUUGCCUGGGAGAAGACUGUCCACAUGCCACUUUUGUUAUAAAUAAAGGGGGGAAACAGUA